UAUUGUCCAGAGUUCCAGCAGCAGCAACAGUAAUUGUUCCAGCAGCAGCAGAAAUAGUUCCAGCAACAACAUCAACAGUCCUAGCAGCAACACCUUUAGUUACAGUAGCAAAAGUAGCUCCUAAAGCAGGUGUUAAGUGAAUUUCUUAUCAAGUCAGGUGUAAACUAGUGCAAAAAUGUCGCAAUCCGAUAACGCAGCACGUGAGCAAACUGCGGCAAAUCCGAUGCCCGAGGCAUGUCAAGGUUGCCGCGGCCAAUUGCCACGCUCCACGCCCGUGGAAGUCGAGGACAUGGCCGCCUCCCCGUCGAUAGAGAAACUCAUCCGCAAGGCCACUAUGGCCCAAAAAAUGCUGACCGACGUCAUGAAGCAACUCCAAAAGCAGCAGGAAUCUCAGGUGUCUCGCAAGGAUACAAAACCCAAGGCGAUCCGAAGCUCUGAAGGAGGUAAAAGACAUCACAGGGGACGCAAGCAUGGUCAUCACAGUAGCUCCUCUUCCAGUUCCAGUUCCGGCCACAGCGACUGCGAGCUGAUUGCCGUCGAGCAGGAGGAGAUCUCGCAUAGGAGGAGGCACGUCCGCGAGGAUCGCAAGCGCGAUCGCUCCCGAUCCCGUGGCCGUUCCCGUGGUCACUCUCGUGGCCGUUCCCAUGGGCGUUCUCGUUCCAGGUCCUACACCGAUUCCCGACGAUCCCGAGCCCUGCCCCUGGCUCUGCCCGUUAGGAUUUCAGUGUGAGUAUCCUGGCUUCAAUCAGUAUUAUCCAUUAUCCAUAUUAUUUAUUAAGUGUGCACGCAAA